AUGCACUCGCUAACGCAGCCACCGUCGGGAGAGGAGUUGACCCAUGCCCUGAGACAUCUGAAGAACGGCAAGGCUGGUGGCAUGUCGCAGAUCGUGCCUGAACUGUUGAAGGCUGGUGUGCCCGUCCUCCACCCACUCCUUCUGGACCUGCUUCAAUCUGUCUGGUCGGAGGGUUACGUACCGCAGGACUGGCGUGAUGCAGUGCUCAUCCCCAUACCUAAGAAGGGUGACCUUUCUCGCUGCGACAACUGGCGAGGAAUUGCGUUGCUGGAGGUUGUGGGGAAGCUAGUUGCUAGGGUCGUGCAGAAUCGGCUGCAAGUGCUCGCUGAGGAUGAGCUACCGGAGUCGCAGUGUGGGUUCCGGCGAAACCGUGGUUGUGCUGAUGCCAUCUUCUCUGUCCGCCAACUGGUAGAGAAAUCAUAUGAGCAUAGAUCGAAGCUGUUUUGCGUCUUUGUGGACCUCCGCAAAGCAUACGACUCUGUGCCUCGUGAGGCUCUGUGGCAGGCAUUGCUUCGGCUCGGUGUCCCCCCUCAGGCUGUGGCUCUCGUGAAGUCGUUCCAUACGGACAUGUCGGCGUCUGUUCGUGUUGCUGGUGGUUGUACCGAUCCGAUCUCUGUACAAAAUGGUUUACGGCAGGGGUGUGUCAUGGCUCCUGUGCUGUUCAACCUGUAUUUCGGAUUGGUGAUGGAGCGGUGGAGGUCUGUUCUCAGGGAGCGCGGCAUCGAGUCUGGUGUGGAUUUCAGCUUCUUGAUUAAUGGACAGUUGUUUCCCCGUGCAGCUGGGCGACGUCGACAGUCUCAGACUGGUCAUGCUGAUGAUUUUGAGUUUGCCGAUGACGCCGUCCUACUCGCAACAACUCGUGCUGCAGCCGACCUGUCCCUGUCCGCCUUCUGCGAUGUGGCAUCCAGCUUUGGCCUCACGGUCAGCAUGACGAAGACUAAGCUACUGGUCGCGGGCUAUGGAGUCGCUGCCGCUGAUUGUUCCGAUCUGGCAGUUGGCAAUGAAAGGGUUGAAGCUGUUACCUCCUUCCCCUAUCUUGGAUCUGUUAUAACUCCGGAUUCGCGAGCUCAUGCCGAUGUCCAGAGCCGCCUUGCGAAGGGUGCCAGGGCCUUUGGCUGUCUUCGGCGGAUUUUGCAUGAUCAGAGCCUGAACCUGCCUACUCGACGGCAUUUGUAUGUGGUAUGUGUUCUCACCACGGUUUUGUAUGGCUCGGAGUGUUGGACCCCAUUGAAGUCGGACUUGGACAAGCUGGACAGGUUCCAUCACGCCAACCUACGGUCAAUCCUUGGCAUUUCGCGCGGCCGCCAGUGGGAGCAGCACAUUACAUCGGAGCAACUACGCACACAGUGGGGUGACCCUACUCCACUGUCGUGCAUGGUACAGCGAAGACGCUUGGAGUGGCUUGGGCACCUAGCUCGGCUUGAUAACAAUCGGUUACCCAAGCAGUUGCUCUUCGCUCAUCUUCCACGAACCCGCCCGUUUUGCGGCCCCCGACAUCGCUGGAAGGACGUUGUCCAGGCUGAUCUGACUGUGGCCGGUGUGCACAAUUGGUUCCAAUCAGCCAACGAUCGCGGAGAGUGGCGUGACAUAGUGUCGGCAGCAGCGGGGGUGAAGGAGCCUGCCCCGAAGACGAUUGUGUGCCACCUGCUGCUGGCUCUCUACUUUUCUGUUGCAGACGCACAGAUGCAAGAACGUGGCACGUUACCCAAGUCCCUUAACUCACAACCGCAGUGGUUGUUGGACUUUCCGUUCAACACUAUUGAACGCCGAUCGCGCUAA